GCAUUUUGGGUCAGUAGCAUGCCCGUAGGAUGCACCGAGACCAACCUACAAUGUGGGCGUGUCUAGCAUCUGAAGUAGUAUCUGAAGUAGCAUGCUACUCGCUCCGGUGGCCAAUUCGGACAUGCUAGAUACUACUUCGACUACUACUUCGACUACUACUUGGCAAUUCGGACGCAGCUUAUGGGAGUGUCGCCACUCUGUUUAAUCGACUGCUCUGGACGCCACAGCUCCUUCACCCGGAAGCACUCACGUCAAGCUAGCACAGCUAGCAUCACGCUUCUACCAUGGCGGUGAAUCUUACAGAUCUCUCCCUGCCUCAACUAGAGGGGCUGAAAACUCAAUUAGAUCAGGUACGAUCAGAAAUUGUUCUCUGUUUCAUUCGUCUGUUUGCUCAUUGAUACGGACUUUCGGAUUGCCUGUAGUAUGUUCAAUUAUUGCAGAAGGGUGUGGUAAACUGCUAGCAUGUACAUGACGCUAACGGUACAAACGCUCGAUCAUAACUAUGAGCUGAAACACGUGAGCAUGUCCUUUCUCUUAGAGUGACUAAAUACUUACUGUGGAAGUAAAGUAAAAUCUGCUCUUUUGAAGGCUAUUGACUGUAUUAGUGUUCGUGUCUGAAAGCUGGUUGUUUCUGUUUAGUGUCAUUGUCUGGUGUGGACGGACUCACAGAUCACAGGUGUUCUGAUCAUUUCUGUUUCCUUCGCAGGAGAUUGAGUUCCUGACGUCUUCAAUAGGUCAGCUCAAAGUUGCCCAGACAAAAUAUGUUGAAGCUAAAGAUAGCCUAAAUGUCUUGAACAAAAACAACAAAGGUGAGUGAAGUUCUUGUUGUGACCUUAGUAACUUUCAGUUUGUGUCAACUUUAGUGCCUCAGACCCCCCAUGGACAAAACAGUCUUAACUUAUAUUCAAUCAAGUCCAAUCCACUUUAUUUAUAUAGCACAUUUUAAAAAAACAUUCAAGUUUGCCAAAGUGCUGCACAGUGAAAUUUAAAAAAUAACAGACACUACAGAAAACAUCACGAGGAAAUAAAUAAAAGCAGGUAAAAAAAUAAAUAAAAACACAAAAGCAUGAAAGAAAUCAAAGUGAUAAAAGGACCAUAAAAAGGCAUAAAAGGAUAGAGAUCACACAACUCUCAUGCUGAGCUAAAAGCCAAGAAAUAAAAAUGACUUUUGAGACGUGAUUUAAAAGUAUAACGUGUGGGGGAUGUUUUGAUGUCAAGUGGAAAAACCGAGAAAGCUCAGUCACCACAUAUUGUCCUCUGCAAGCUAGUAAGGGUUUCUAACAAUAGAUGUCAUCCUCAUGACUUUUGACAGUCAAAUGUAUUGUAUUUUGGGAAAAUUUUAAGUGGAAGGUGUAAAAUUGGGGUAAUUUCCUCAACAGAUUCACCGACACCUACCCACUCCCAUCAAUUUCAAGCUUUAAAAAUUACAGUAUAAAAAUCACCAGUCUUGUCACUGAUGGUCUUAUUUGCGUUUGUAUAUUCCAAAAGGGCAUUUGUAUGAAUUUCUGUGCAUUUCAUAAAUAUCCCAAAACUCCUCAUAGCAGCUUUAAAUGUCAUCAGGGGGUUCCUCUAAGGCUACCAUCUCUGGCACAUUUUAAUCAUCACUGCAUACUACAUAUAGAAAAGUUGAGACUGCUUAAAAGGAUAUUCCGGCAUUAAAUUAAUUUAGGGUCAAACAUUUCAUACCACGGAGUUAGACACCCCGUCGAGACAUGAAUGUUGCUGAACGCUUGCUUCUCUAGUUAUACCAGCUUUAGUAAUGACCGCAGAUAGCAAUACAGAGAGCCACACGCUCAACCAAAACGCCACUCUAAAGCCACAAAUAAUGCUCAGAACAGCACCUAACUUCAUCAACAGUACAUAUAGAGUCUCAGCCAUAGUACUAGCCACCAAACAUCUUUUUAACUUUGCUUGAGCAAAGAGACUAAACACAACUCACCUACUCUCUUCCAGCAGCCGAUGUUUGUACAGAGACCUCCGGGCCAGUCCAUUAUAGACUACAGCGGGGUAACACAGCUCAAGGAAGAACAUUUAUGAUCAUUUCAUGGGAAUGCAAUCAGACCGAGACGCUAAAGCAGAAGAACUACCGCGUCUGCAGUGCAAAUUGAUUAAUAUGAUGAUUAUUACUUCAUAGAAAUGAUAAAGAAAUGAUCAUAAAUGUUCUUCCUUGAGCUGCGUUACCCCACUGCAGUCCAUGGACUCGCCCGGAGGCCUCACUACAAACAAGCUGCUGCUGGAAGAGAGAGGGUGAGUUGCUUUGAGUCUCUUUGCUAAAUACAUUAGGCAAAGUUAAAAAGAUGUUUGGUGGCUAGUGCUGUGGCUGGGACCCUAUAUGUACUGUUGAUGAAGUUAGGUGCUGUUCUGAGCAUUAUUUGUGGCUAUAGAGAAGCGUUUUGGUUGAGUGUGUGGCUCUCUGUAUUGUUAUCUGCGGUCAUUACUAAAGUAAGUAUAACUAGAGAAGCAAGGGUCGGUGACAUUCAUCUCUCGAGGGGUGUCUAACUCGGUGUUACGGUGUGUUUGACCCUAAAUUAAUUUUAGGUCAGAAUAUCCCUUUAAAUUGGCUUAGAUGUUUUACAUGAGGCGAGAUGAGCUCAAUCUACAUCACUGCUUUUUAUGGAACUGUGUAUCACAUCUGCUGAUGUGCAUAUGGUGCUGAUAUUAAUUUUUUGUCACAUGUUUCUCUUUUUUUCCAAACAGGAAAAGAAUUGCUUGUGCCAUUAACCAGCUCUGUAUCCUUCAAAAUGAAAAUAACCAAUUCUGUGUGUGCUUUAAGUCAACCUUUUCAUACAAGUCCUUGACUCUAUCCUCUCUCAGAUGUACGUACCUGGAACAUUAAAUGACGUGGAAACUUGUUUAGUUGAUGUGGGAACAGGAUACUAUGUUGAAAAGGCAAAUAUUCGCUCUCAUUCUAAACUCUUGUAUGAUCUCAUCCUUAACUGUCAAGUUAAGUUAGAUGAAUUCAAGUUAUAGUGAACACUCUGAAUUUAUACUUGUUUUUCUGUGUCCUUGUAGAGUGUUGAAGACUCAAAAGCAUUCUUCAAACGUAAAAUAGAUUUCCUCACAAAGCAAAUUGUUGAGAAAAUUCAGCCAGCCCUUCAGGAAAAACAUGCCAUGAAGCAAGGUAAAACAGUCUUCGUUCCUCUACCCUCCUCAGAUUUUCUUUUAGUAGAAUGGUUAUUUGUAUUAUGUUUAAAAACUGGCACACAUUUUUAACACUAGAAAAAAAGAUUCAUUAUACCUAUGAGAACAUGUAUAACAGAAAAUUUACUCAUUGUAAUUUAUUACAAUUCAGUUAUUAAUAAUGAGAACAUUUUUAAGAUAGUCAACUUCAACUAUUUUUUCUUUUCAUGAAACUUCAGUUUUAAUAUGGUUUUCUGUCUUGCAGCUGUGGUUGAGGUAAUGAACGUGAAAAUCCAGCAGCUCCAACAAAGCCAGCAGUCAUCACAGAUGGUUGGGACCACCAGUGCUUAAUGGGGACACCUGUUUGAACUCUGCAUGACUGGUCGGGGGCUUUCAAGUUUUGUGUACAUCUGCUGUUACAGUUCAAGAAAAAUCAAAAGUCGUUGAUAGCAGAAAUGAUGAAAUUAAAAAUGUGUCAAUGUAAAACUGUUGUUGGGUGGUUUGGUCUGUUUUUUUAAUCUAUUCAGCUGAUAUUAAAUGAGUUUGUACAAUAAAAAAAGGUCAUUGUUCAAACAAGGAACAUUUCUCUCUUAA